CGCCAUCACUGACUCUGUUCUGCCGCACAAGAAGAAGAAGGAAGUGGCACCGGAAGUGGCACCGGACGUGCUUUUUUACCUCCGGAAUCAACACAACAACCACGAUGGCGUCGACAGACGGAGAAACAAACCAUGAAACAGGCAAACUGGAAUUCUCUCUGGACGUUCCCUUCCCAUCGCCUCGCGAGGCCGCCGUCGCUCUGCGCUCCCUGUCUCCGGACCGAGAGCCGAGGAAGGGCGGCAUCAGCAAACAGCUCGCAGUGUCCGGCAGCAUGCUGUCUGUGAGGUGGAGCGCAGACGAAGCUCGAAUCCUCAGAGUGUCUGUGAGCUCGUUUCUGGAUCAUCUGUCGCUCGUCAUGGAGACCAUGGAGAUGUUUGGUCCCCCUGUUUCCCCGUGAAGUGACUCAUGACUCAGGACUGUUUUGAUCCUCUCGUCCUCCACUGGAGUUUCCAGUCCUGGGACACGACUCAGGUGUGACGUCUGGAAGGAAAACCGGUUGAAAGUGUGACGGAUGUUUGAGCAACUGGCAGCUUAAACUGUGCGCUGUAUGUUUAUUUUAACCAGUGAAAUCUGAUUGUUUGUGUAAGUGGCACUAAGCGGCCGGUGGUCUGACUGUGGUUUGGUUUUCAUUUAAACUUCUUUUGUAAAAAUAAAAGGCAGCAGAUCAGAAAGGUGCCAGCUGUACUGGAGCUGACAGGAGUGGUGGAUUAACCCGUGAGCUGGUCGACAGGAAGUUAAUUGGCCAUUAUUAUAUAAAAUCCUGAAAUGUGAGGAUUUUGUGUUUUGUGUCAUUGCAAAUCAAAUAUCGAACAAAACAACUGGGAAACUGCGAUGGACAUUUUUCACUAUUUUCUAUCAUUUUAUAGACUAAACAAUUAAUCGGUAAAACAAUCAACAGAUCAAUCGUUUACACUUUAUUUUAACCCCCGAUAUUUAUAAGCAGCAUAUAAACAUUUCAUAAAUGGUUUAUAACACACUAAACUGCAGUUUAAAGGUCUUUUUAAGUGUUUAUUAAUAUAUUUGUCAACAACUAUAACUCUUUCUGUGAAGCGUCCGUAAUUGGAUGCAGGCGUAUGAACAGAUAAUGAAUAUAGUAAAACACAGUUGUAAUAAUGUAAAAUAUGUUUUCAUUGUUGACAGAUACUGAACACUAAUAAACACUUAACAGUCCUUAUAUCUGCUCGUAACUACAUAAUAAUUGAUAUUAUUAUUUAUAUUUGAAGAUAAUAAUUAAUAAUUGCUUAUAAGUGAUAAAUAGGGGGGUUUAAGUAGACCUAAACUACAAUAAGAUGUUUGGUGGGCAAGUGAAUUGUAAUUGUGAUACAUUUUAAUUUGUGUGCUGAACAGCAUUUUUUCAUUAAAGAGUAAGUUGUUGAA